UUUGUAUCCCGACACAUGAGGAGGAGGUGAAUCUUUCCUUACAUUGCGAAAACCCUAAUCUCAUCCUCAAAAGGGGGUUUAAUCCCAUUUCUUACUUACUCAAAACGACGAUGAUGAAUAAUAACUCAACCGAAGAUUCCGAGUGGGAAGUGAGACCUGGUGGUAUGCUCGUCCAACGUAGAGACGACGCUUCCUCCUCCUCCUCAUCCGACCCACAACCUCUCUUUGAUCCCAACUCUGCUUCCACCGUUUCCCCUCACACCAUCAGAAUCACCGCUUCCCAUGGCUCAUCACACCACGAUCUUCACGUCUCUGCUCACGCCACUUUCGGUGAUGUGAAGAAAGCCCUUGUUCAGAAAACUGGAUUAGAGUCUAGUGAUCUGAAGAUCUUGUUUAGGGGAGUUGAGAAAGAUGAUGGUGAGCAACUGCAAGCUUCUGGUGUUAAGGAUGGGUCUAAGGUUGUUCUUGUGGAGGAACCUAAGAAGAGAGUUGAACAAGUUGAACAGCCUCCAGUGAUGACUGAAGAGAUGGUAAAGGCUGUUGCUGCAGUUAAAGCUGUCUCCGGAGAGAUCGAUAAGCUCUCUGAUAAGGUUGUUGCUUUAGAAGUUUCUGUCAAUGGAGGGAUGAAAGUUGCGGUGGAGGAGUUUGACAUGACUGCUGAGCUUCUUAUGAGGCAGUUGCUAAAACUGGAUGGUAUUGAGGCAGAAGGUGAAGCUAGAGUACACCGAAAGGCAGAGGUACGUAGGGUGCAAAAGUUGCAGGAAGCAGUGGAUACGUUGAAAGGAAGAUGUUCAAACCCGUUUGUGGAUCAGAGCAAAGCAGCAGCUGUAAGCACUGAGUGGGAAACAUUCGGAAACGGUGUUGGAAGCUUGAACCCUCCUCCUCCAGCUUCUCCUUCUGCUAAUGUAACUCAAGAUUGGGAGAAAUUUGACUGACCAUUUUAUUAUUGUUAGGUAUCCAAAAAAUAAAGAAAAAUUAUCUUGUUCCUUUUAUUACUGUUGUUUAAUGAGAAAAUGAUCAGAAAAAUUAUUGGUUUAAUCCUCAGAAUGUUUAUAUGAAUUUCUGCGUGUCUGAAUCUGAAUACAUGUUUUAUACGCCUGCGAGGUUUGUAUGAAGUUCAG